AUGGAGCCCGGACGGUGCCCACCUCUGCCCCUGCUGCUGGCGGCGAUGCAGGUCUGCCUGGCCCAGGCCAAUUACGCCCCAUAUUUCUUCGACAACGGAGCCAGCAGCACCAACGGGAACAUGGCUCUCUUCAGCCUCGCCGAAGACACGCCCGUCGGGACCCACGUGUACACCCUGAAUGGAACGGACCCGGAAGAUGACCCGAUCACGUACGGCAUGACCUUUGAGGCUGGCACCCGGAAUUUCUUCUCCACCGACUCCAACUUCGGAAACAUCACGCUGGUGGAAGAGCUAGACAGAGAGAGAGAAGACGAGAUCGAAGCAAUCAUCCAUAUUUCCGAUGGCGUGAAUAUGGUGGCGGAAAAAGUCCGGAUCCUUGUGACCGACGUCAACGAUGAGAGCCCCCUGUUUAUCGACACUCCCUACAUCGUGCUGGUGCCGGAGGACACUCCCGCAGGGAGCAGCAUCUUCAGAGUCCGGGCUGUGGACAGGGACAUGGGAGCUGGAGGAAGCAUCACCUAUUUCCUGCAGAAUGCCCGGGCCAACAAGUUUAUGGUGGACCGCCACAGUGGGGUGCUUCGCAUCAAGGCCGGGGCCACUCUGGAUUAUGAGAAGUCAAGGACUCAUUUUGUCACUGUGGUAGCCAAGGACGGCGGCGGGAAGCUCCGUGGAGACUAUAAAGUGUUCUCUGCCACCACCACCAUCACCGUCAACGUGGAUGACGUCCAGGACUCGCCCCCUGUGUUUGUCGGAACCCCCUACUACGGCUAUGUCUACGAGGACACCCUCCCAGGCUCGGAGGUCUUGGCAGUGGCCGCUAUGGAUGGUGAUCGUGGCCAACCCAACCCCAUUCUCUACAGCCUGGUGAACGGGAGUGAAGGAUCAUUUGAAAUAAACACCUCGACGGGCGCCAUUUCAGUCAUUCAGAGUCCCAGCCAACUCGAGAAAGAAGUGUAUGAACUGAAAGUCCAGGUGUCAGAAGUUGGUUCUGGGGGAGCCAAAGAGGCCCACGCACUGACCACCGUAACCAUCAGGGUGGUCGACCUCAACAACCACCCUCCCACGUUCUACGGAGAAGAUGGACCCCAGGACCGGUUUGAGCUGACCAUGUAUGAACAUCCACUGGAGGGAGAGAUCCUAAGGGGCUUGAAGAUCACUGUCAAUGACUCUGACCAGGGUGCCAAUGCCAAGUUCAGCCUGAAGCUGGUGGGGCCCGGGGGCAUCUUCCGUGUUGUCCCCCAGACCGUCUUAAACGAAGCACAGGUCACUGUCAUUGUGGAGAACUCGGCCGCCAUUGACUUUGAGGCAUCCAAGGUGCUGACCUUCAAGCUCCUGGCAGUGGAACUGAGCACCCCAGAAAAGUUCAGCUCCACAGCUGACAUUGUGAUCCAGCUCCUGGACACCAACGACAACGUCCCAAAGUUCUCCUCGGAUUUCUACGUCGCCCGCAUCCCGGAGAACUCACCGGGGGGCUCCAAUGUGGUCGCUGUCACGGCGACCGAUCCGGACUCAGGACUCUGGGGUGAAGUCAAAUACUCUGUUUAUGGAACAGGAUCUGAUCUCUUCCUGAUCCACCCUUCCACGGGGAUCAUCUACACCCAGCCAUGGGCCUCCUUGGAUGCCGAAAUCACCUCCAAGUACAAUUUCUACGUGAAAGCAGAAGAUGCGGAGGGGAAGUCCAGCCUGGCGGAGGUGUUCGUCACGGUGCUGGACGUCAAUGACCACUGCCCGGAAUUUGACGGGAGCAUCCAGGAGAAGACCAUGACCUUUGGGAGCCCUGUGAAGAUAGAGGCUACAGAUCAGGAUGCUGAAGAGCCCAACAACGUCGUCGACUAUGCCAUCAUGCAAGCCGACCCCGCCGAUGUGUUUGACAUAGACCAGAGCACAGGGGAGAUCAAGUUCAAGUCCUACAUCCGUUCCCUGGACAUCAUCCACAACAUCACGAAGAACAAAGACUGCAUCUGGUCCGUGGUGGUGCAGGCCAAGGAUAGGGGCUCCCCAUCCUUCAGCACUACGGCCGUGCUGAAGAUCGACAUCGCCGAGGAGACGCUCUCCAAAGGACCCAUGGCUGCCUUCUUGAUGCAAAGUAAAGACAACCCCAUGAAAGCGGUGGGCGUGCUGGCCGGCGUCAUGAGCGCCCUGGUCAUCGUCACCGUCGUCAUCUCCACCGCCAUGUUCUGGCGCAACAAGAAGUCCAACAGAAUCCUGCCCGUGCGCCGGAUCAUCCGGAAGAGGCCGAGCCCACCCCCCCGCAGCAUCAGGACCGAGUGGCUGAAAUUCAAGAGGUCGCAAGCCGCCAGCCGAUUCGCCCCGGAGGACCAUCCGGAGGCCAGCCAACCGAAUGGGAACAGCAACAACAACGGUCCACCUUCAGCCCCUGCUCCACCCUCUCCGCCAUCCACCAAGCCCGUGGUCAGCCCUCCGGGGUGGGAGGGUGGCACCCCUGGUUGGGCGGUGCUCACCGUCUCCGGAUCCCUGACCCCCAAGCUCUCGAGUAAUUUCCAGUCGGCCCUCGUGUCUGAGCUCAAACGGAAGUUUGAAAGGAGCACGGCUCAUAGCAAGUCUUCUCUGUAA